GUUUCAAAGCUUUCUGCGUAAGAGACAACACCUUGUCAGGCACUGUCUGCAAAACUUCUCCAUGCAAGUUGCCAACUCGUCGUCCACGCAAGAGCCCUAAAUAUAGCGCUGUGCCGGCAUUAUGCUGUGUAAGGCCCUACUAUUGACGUCGCAAAACUCCAUUUAUUUACGCGUUGGACUCUGAGAGUGCCGCCUCGACGCUUGAACGCCUGCAGUGGAUUUGCCCAGGACCAGCAUCAAUUUAUUAUCACAUUAGCAUAUAACAAAAGCAACUUCUCGGCCGCCGCCAUCGUUGCCGCACCGGCGCUCGCCAUCGGAAAACAUACCGGCUGCUCAGCCGUUUGGGGAAUUGGGCGUGUGCCGUGUUAGCCAGACACAGCAGCCAUGAGGAAAAAGGUGGACGCCCGCAUUCGGACGCUCAUAGAGAACUGCGCCAAGACCCGCCAGCGUGCACUGCUGGUGCUGGUCGGUGACAAGGGGCGGGACCAGGUCGUGAACCUGCACUACAUGCUCUCUAAAGCCAGCGUCAAGGCGCGUCCCUCAGUGUUAUGGUGCUACAAGAAGGAGCUGCACCUGAGCAGCCACAAGAAGAAGCGCAUGAAGCAGAUCAAGAAGCUGGCCCAGCGCGGCCUGCUGGACCCGGAGAAGGAGGACCCGUUCGCGCUGUUCGUGGCCUCCACCAACAUCCGCUACUGCUACUACCACGAGACGCAGAACAUCCUGGGCAACACCUACGGCAUGGCGGUGCUGCAGGACUUUGAGGCGCUGACGCCCAACCUGCUGGCUCGCUCCAUCGAGACGGUGGAGGGCGGCGGGCUGGUGGUGCUGCUGCUCAGCAACCUCAACUCGCUCACACAGCUGUACUCCAUGACCAUGGACGCGCACAGCCGCUUCCGCACCGAGUCCCACCAGGACGUGGUGGGCCGCUUCAACGAGCGCAUGGUGCUGAGCCUGGCCUCCUGCGCCAACUGCCUGCUGCUGGACGACGAGCUCAACGUGCUGCCCACCUCCUCGCUCAUCCGCUACAUCGAGCCGCUGCCCACCAACCCCGACGGCACCGUGGUGGACGACCCGGCGCGGUCCGCGCGCCAGGAGCUGGGCGAGCUGAGCGGCAGCCUGGCGGACACGCAGCCCGCCGGCGCGCUGGUGGGCCGCUGCCGCACGCUGGACCAGGCUCGGGCGGUGGUGACGUUCCUGGACGCCGCCAGCGAGAAGACGCUGCGCAGCACUGUGGCGCUCACGGCCUCGCGCGGCCGCGGCAAGUCCGCGGCUCUGGGCCUGGCCAUUGCGGGCGCCCUCGCCCUGGGCUACUCCAACAUCUUUGUGACGGCGCCCUCGCCCGAGAACCUGCGGACCCUGUUCGAGUUCGUGUUCAAGGGCCUGGACUCGCUGGACUACAAGGAGCACAUCGACUACGACCUGGUGGAGUCCACCAACCCCUCCUUCGGCAAGGCCGUCGUGCGCGUCAACGUGUUCCGCAACCACCGCCAGACGGUGCAGUACAUCCAGCCGCAGCACCACGCCAAGCUGGCGCAGGCGGAGCUGCUGGUGAUUGACGAGGCCGCCGCCAUCCCGCUGCCGGUGGUAAAGCAGCUGCUGGGGCCCUACCUGGUGUUCCUGUGCUCCACCGUCAACGGAUACGAGGGCACCGGCCGCAGCUUGUCGCUGAAGCUGAUCCAGCAGCUGCGCGAGCAGGGCGCCAAGAUCAGCGCCGGUGACAACAAGGCGGGCAGCAAGGCGGCCGGCGGCGCCGACGGCACCGCCGCGCCCAUCGCCAACGGCACCAGCGGCCGCACCUUCCGCGAGGUGCACCUGGGCGAGCCCAUCCGGUACGCGCCCGGCGACCCCAUCGAGUCGUGGCUGCACGAGCUGCUGUGCCUGGACGCCGGCAGCCACAUGCCCAAGCCGCCGCCGCGGCUGCCGCACCCCUCCGACUGCGAGCUGUUCUUUGUGGAGCGAGACACGCUGUUCAGCUACCACAAGGCCAGCGAGAAGUUCCUCCAGCAGAUGGUGGCGCUGUUUGUGGCCAGCCACUACAAGAACACGCCCAACGACCUGCUGCUCAUGAGCGACGCCCCCGCGCACCAGCUGUUCGUGCUGCUGGCGCCGGUGGACCAGACCGCCAACACCAUGCCCAACAUCCUGGCCGUGGCGCAGGUGGCUCUGGAGGGCAGCAUCAGCAAGCGCUCCGCCGUCAACAGCCUGGCCAAGGGCGAGCUGCCGCAGGGCGACCUCAUCCCCUGGACCGUGUCGCAGCAGUUCCAGGACGCAGACUUCCCGGCGCUGUCCGGAGGCCGCGUGGUGCGCAUCGCCGUGCACCCCGAGCUGGGCCGCGCGGGCUACGGCUCCAGGGUGCUGGAGCAGCUGCGGCGCUACUACCAGGGCGAGCUGACCAGCCUGGACGAGGAGGACGACGCCGGCGGCCGCGGAGGAGCCGGAGCCGGGGGCAGCGGCAGCGGAGAGGAGGACGGCGACGAGGCGCGGCGGCGCAGCGGCGCGGACGCGGCCGCCAACGCCGACGGCGACGCGCCGCUGCUGUCGGAGCGGCUGGCGCCGCGCAAGGGGCUGCCGCCGCUGCUGGUGCCGCUGUCGGACCGCAAGCCCGACCGCCUGCACUACCUGGGCGUGUCGUACGGCCUCACGCAGCAGCUGUUCACCUUCUGGCGCAAAGCCGGCUACCAGCCGCUGUACCUCCGCCAGAGCGCCAGCGACACCACCGGCGAGCACACGUGCGUCAUGGUGCGGCCGCUGGAGCACCCGGAGGUGGAGGGCACGGCCUGGCUCAGCCCCUUCGUCAGCGACUUCAAGGGCCGCUUCACGUCACUGCUGGGCGGGGCGUUCAGGGAGAUGGCUCCCGCUCUGGCGCUGAGCAUCCUGGACCCGCAGCUCAACUGGGGCGAGGAGGAGGCGCAGCGGGCCACGCAGGCGGGCGUGGUGGUGCACCGCGGCGACGGCAGCGGCCUGGACCCCUACGACCUCAAGCGCCUGCAGGCCUACUGCUCCAGCCUGGUGGACUACCACCUGGUGCUGGACCUGGUGCCGCCGCUGGCCGCAGCCUACCUGCGCGGCCGGGUGCCGGUCAGCCUGUCGUACGGCCAGGCCGCCAUCAUGCUGGUGCUGGGCCUGCAGCUGCGCGAGGUGUCUGCUCUGGAGGAGAGCCUGGGCCUGCCCUCCAACCAAGUGCUGGCGCUGUUCAACAAGGCCAUGCGCAAGAUCUACGGCUGCCUGCGGGCGUCCAAGGAGGCGGCGGUGGCGCGCACGCUGCCGGCCGUGAAGCCGCUGGCGCCCGGAGCACUGACGCCCCACGCCGUAUCGCUGGACCAGGACCUGGACGAGGCGGCGGAGGCGGAGCGCGCCAAGCUGCGCGAGCGCUACCUGCAGCCCGAGGACCUGGCGGCCUUCGCCAUCCGUGGCGGCGAGGACGACUUCGCCUCCGCGCUGGGCGGCAAGGCGCCGGCGGCCGGAGGCCUGGUGUCGGUCAAGGGCAGCGGCGAGGGCGGCGGCGGUGGUGGCGGGAAGAAGGAGGGCAAGCAGGACAUGCUGUACAAGAAGAAGGACAAGGGCGACAAGGCGGAGCGGAUCGGCGGCGGCAAGGGCGGGCUGAAGAAGAACAAGUACGGCGCCAUGCCGGGCGAGGGGCGGUCGGCAAAGAAGCAGAAGCAGUAGGGGUGGCGCUGGACUUGUGGUGCUCGUGGGCUAGAGGGCUGGGCGUGGUGAUCCUUUUCUGGUAGUGGUGAACGCGCAUGCGUGUCUGGCGGACGGAGCUGUGGACAGGAUUGUCGCAUGCGUCGGCUGCCGGGCCGGUAAGUUGAGUAUGGCGAAUGCGGGAGGGGACAUGCAUGGUAUGCCGUGUUGUGCUAAGGUUUGCUGUGAUGUGGUGUGCACCCGCGAAUGCCCACCCGCCGACGACACCGCCAAGUAACGAUUUGCAGCAUCCACAAUCAUUCAAGCAAGUCGGUUGGAAAAAGCCUUGAGCUAUGCAACUCGUGCAGUGCGGGGCAAGCUGGACCUGGAGCUUUCCUACACACCCAAUCACACACACGAAGGUCGGACCACUCCUUACACAUGUAGCAAGGAGAGUGUACCGUGUUUCCCUUGUAGUUGGGAGCGGGCCCACGAGCAUCCAGCCAUCCACUUUCCCGCGUAUUGAGUCAGCGUGGUUCCACCAUCCACAACCCACUGACGUGUCCAUACACACACCCGCACACCAGUUUGCCACGCCCUUCGAAGUUGUCAGGAACGGGAAGUAAUGUAACGCGGGUACUUCCCGUUCCUGACAACUUCGAAGGGCCUUUUCCCGUCGUUACAAUUGGUAUAGCAGCUUGCAAGUUAUUUGACAUGGUCAGGAUGCGACAUGUGGAUAUGUGAAUUGCGACAUACGACAUUGCGACAUAAUGCACAUACCGCCCAAACGCAUUUAAACCCGCCAAACAUAUUGUGUAUGCAUUCAAUAUGCCUCUGGUAAGCGUGGAACGCCGUGGCACACAACAAAACGUGUCUCGGUUGCCACGGUGGUGGUGGCGUGGCGUAGGGUGCGGCCAGUGGGAGGAGCUUGUGGCUACGCUAGCGCAAUACACCGCCGCAAAGCUGGGAGAUGUUACGCAAAUGAGCUCCAGGACGCGUAGCUAUGCAAAUGUGGGCGAGUCUUGGUAUGUCGCAAUGUUGUAUGUCGCAUUUCACAUGUCGACAUGUCGCAACCUGACCAUGUCAAAUAAUGUGCACACAGCCAUAUCGAGACCAAACCCCAAAGUCCGUCUUGCGGAUGACGAAGGUCAUGGGGUCGAGUCCUGCGUACGUCGGAUUUAGGUUUCGCUCAAAAAAUCGACACUAGGGGAUUGUGAUGGAGGCGCUUUCUCGACGCGGUGACGGGUGGUGCCGGCCGUGGUGUCUAAAAUGGUUUCUGGCGAGCAGUCACAUUCGCAGAUCCACCCGAGGACGUGUGAUCCAAGGGGGGGAGAAUGUAACGCGGGUACUUC